AUGGGAGAUCGUCAUAGAGCUGUUUCCUUUGAUGAAUUACCUUCAUAUUUGCUUUUGGAAAUUAUGUGCUCAGGGAAGCUCAGUGCUAUUGACCUAGUUUGUUUGGAAUUUACUUCAAAAAUCUUUAGUGCUACUAAUGCCUUGUGCCCUUCCAAAUUUAAGUCAUUGGUGGAAUAUGCUGCUUUCCAAUUGUGUGGCUCUCAUGCCAUCUUUUGUAAGAUGAGUUUGAAUUCUCAAAAGGAGUUGUAUGAUCGAUGCGGCGGAAAGUGGAAGCGGGUUUUGAGGUUCUUGCAGUCUGUGGAACAAGCCUCUGGUGUGGUUGAGACACCGUCAGGAAGUAUGCAAAUAACAACAGGAAAGUAUCACACGUUAGCGAUCAGUAACUCCUCGGUGUAUUCAUGUGGUUCUAGCUUGUGUGGUGCACUUGGUCAAGGGUCUGAAACAACACAGCUUCCAGCAUUGGCUCAAAUCGAUUUCCCACCUUUGGCGCGUGUCGCACAUGUUUCGGCCUCCUAUAACCAUGCAGCUUUUGUAAUGCAAUCUGGAGAGGUAUUUACAUGUGGAGAUAAUUCGUAUUUUUGCUGUGGUCAUAGAGAUACAAAUCGAGCAAUUUUUAGGCCACGUCUUGUUGAAUCCUUAACGGGGAUUCCUUGCAAGCAGGUUUCAACAGGGCUAAACUUCACCGUCUUCCUCACUAGGCAAGGUCAUGUGUAUACUUGCGGGAACAACUCGCACGGCCAACUUGGUCUCGGUGACACUCAGGACAGACCAAACGCCAAAAUGGUUGAAGUCCUCGGCAACGUAGGCCCUGUUGCUCAGGUUGCUGCCGGAUCAAACUAUAUCUUAUCUGUAACAGAAGAUGGAUCAGUAUACUCCUUUGGAUCAGGUUCUAAUUUCUGUCUCGGUCACGGUAGUCAACACGACGAGUUGUUUCCUCGUUGCAUACAGAAAUUUAGAAGAAAAGGUAUUCAUAUUGUCCGCGUAUCUGCCGGGGACGAGCAUGCAGCCGCACUUGAUUCAAAUGGAAUUGUAUAUACAUGGGGUAAGGGAUAUUGUGGUGCUUUAGGCCAUGGUGAUGAGAUCGAGAAGACAAGACCAGAAAUCUUGUCUAGUCUCAAGAAUCACGUGGCUGUUCAGGUGUGUGCAAGAAAGAGAAAAACCUUUAUUCUACUUGAAUCAGGUUUGGUUUACGCCUUUGGUUCGAUGGGAUUCGGCAGCCUAGGAUUUUUAGACAGAAGAGUAAAUGACAAAAUCUUAAAGCCAAGACUGUUAACCACAUUGAAAUCUUACCAUGUUUCUCAAAUCAGUACUGGCCUUUACCACACUGUGGUUGUCACCAACCAUGGCCAAAUAUUUGGGUUUGGUGACAAUGAAAGAGCUCAGCUGGGUCAUGAUUCUUUGAGAGAAUGCACUGAACCAACUGAGAUUUUCAUAGAAAAACCAUACGAAGAUUAUGAUUCUAUUUAUUGA